GGGAGCCGUGACUAAAAAAAACAACAUAUUUAAAGUUUUUCAUUUGCUUUUAGAUUGUCUAAUAACCGUUUAGUGAUGUUAAACACAUUUUAAAGUAUUUUGAAUUUAUUCUAGACUGUUGCAAAUGUCUAGGCACUGUCAUAUCGGCACUUUGUAACUAAGAUGGAUUAAGUCGAGAGGUUAGCUAGCAGGUGAACUGGGCUUGCUAGUUCAGGACGACGGUCUACAGUAAGUUAAACCAGUUCCAGCGUUAAAAUUGCGCACGCGUUCAUGAUGUUUUCCUCAUAAAUGCCUGUCGGAUAUGUCCGGACAACGGGCGUGUUUGCCAUCCGGGAGAGGUGGCCUCCUUCGUGGAACCCGAACUAAGUCGUACGGCAGCUUGGUGCGAUGUUCGCCGUCUCCUCCUGUCCGUCAGAGACACGUCGAACACACGGUUCAGUCCGGAGACACGCUGCAAGGUCUGGCCCUCAAGUAUGGAGUCUCUAUGGAGCAAAUCAAGCGAGCAAACAGGCUUUACACCAACGACUCCAUUUUCCUGAAGAAGUCUCUGUCCAUCCCGGUAAUGUCAGACCUCAUUGAUGUUCAGAACGGGACAAGCUGCUCUGAGAAGAAGGAAGAUGAUGGGAAAAGGCCUUCAGACCUGAAACCUCUGGAAUUUUUGAAGAGACUGGAUGAAGGAAUAAACCAGACCAAGCAAACGGCAGUAAGAAGAUGUCAGGAUGCAGAGGAAAGAGUUGCAGCUUUAGAAGCUGCUUGUUCCAGCAGAACCUCUGAAUGGAAGCCGCUAACCAGAUCACAGAGCGUCACCACCCCCUCCAGAGGACAGCGGUCAGCAGCACACGGAGCCGUGCCCCUCACCGUCACCACACUCUCCAAACGUCUGAGGGACCGGGAGGACGAGAUCUUCCAAUUAUGACCCGACGCUCUCGUUUGUACAGCCUGAUCAUUAACUUUGAGGUUCAGAAACCUGAACACAGAAUCUCACACUAAACCAUUAAACUCUGCAAAUUCUGCAGACUAUUUAUACCGUUAAACACUACCAUUGAACGCCGAAUGCAUUUCUUACACUUUUUUUUUUUUUUCUCUUUCAACUAUACGCACAUGUUGGACGUUUGACCAUAAACGUACACUAAGAAAAUAAAACUUGUUCAGAGA